AUGCCUUCCAUCUCCAAUGCUGGUGGAUCUCUCACCAGCGCCCUGGCCCUCACCCUGCUGGCAUGGGCGGUGCGAUGGUGGAGGGAGGAGGCCAGCAAGAGCAAGGCCGCCGCUCAGAGCGCCAAGGCUGGGUCGCCGCGCGUGCUGUCGCGCUUUCACUCCGGCAUCUCCCUUGCGGCCCUCAAGCUGCUGGUCGAGACCGGGGCGUGCCCGCACCUGAUCUUUGAUGUGAGGCAGGAUCCAAGCCGCCCCCUCCCGCCGGAGCUGAAGGGCGCCCUGUGCAUCCCAGCCGGAGAGGUGGAGGAGGUCCUUUCCCAUCCCAAACGCUGGGCCGAGACCUUUGGCGCGACACGGCGGCCCCCCCCCUCCGACAUCCUGGUGUUCCUCGGGUCCACAGCCGGCGAGCAGGAAGAGGGCGCGGCCGGGGCCAGGGCCGCCGGGUAUGACCGCACCCUUGCCCUGGCCGGCACGCUCGCGAAGAUCGAGGAGGCGGAGGCCCAGCCGCCGCAAGACCUCGCCUUCCUGCGUGCUGACGCGCUGGGCCUGCUCCUGAUGGGGGAGGGGGCCCGUCAGGCCUUCCCGUGCCCGGUCACAGUCAUUGACGUCAGGAGGUGGGAGGAGCGCCUCCUCUUCGGCAGCAUCCGGACCAGCCAGGCCCUGCCAGUGGAAGAGCUGCCGAGUGCUCUGAACCUGUCGCCAGGAGAGUUUGAGGAGCUGUACAGGUUCCCGAAGCCAAGUCAGCACGACUUGGUAGUGGUCGCAAGCAGGAGCCACGCCCGAGCGGCUUGGGCGGCCACCCUGGCAGCUGACGCUGGCUACACGCAGUGGCUGGUUCUACAGUCGGGCCACAACGGCUGGCGCUUUGACGCGAACGUAAAGCCGUACCAUAACUAUGCCGCGGGGGAGGCGCCGCCGGAGCCGGAAGACGUGGCCACAGAGCUUCCGGAUCGAGACGAGGGCCUGGCUGAGCUGGCGGCGCUGGGUCUGCUGUGA